UAUUGACAGAUCUGAGAUCGCCAAAGUCAAGAAUUAUAGGAAAUUAUGAAAAGCUUUCGGAAAAAAUACUUGUUAUUAUUGCGUGCAAUUAAAGCAUACAUUAAUAUUAGUUAUUGUAUUGAUGAUAGUAUAGAGAAAUUUUGGCUUUUGUGAAGAUGUGAAUCGGUUUUAAAAAUAUUCAUCAACAUAAGAAAACCUGAAAAAAAAUUAUGCGAACACUAGAUGUGAGAUGGAUGAGAUAAUCAUGAUGCUUUAAAUUAAAACAAUAUGGCAAGGGAUGGAGACGUCCCAACGAUCUUCAAUCCUAAAAGAGUGCGUGCACCGUCUGUAAUUAUUACAAGCGAAGAGGUGGUAGAGGCUGAUCGCAGUAUUGAUGUCGAGAGGGAGCGGCCAAAUGGGCCCCCAACACCUUUGAGUCCUCGGGCACCCUUGACGCCUCAAACAUCUGUUUCAUCAGCACCACCUCUUACUACCCAACCCUCGUUGCAGCAAACCUUCAGUGAAUCAGCAGCCAGUAGUCAGGAUGAAGAAAGGCAGGUCAGGGAUAAAGGUUGCCCGCGCUCUUGCUGUUCGAAGAUCGCUAAAAAGAUCUAUUAUGGAAUCUGUGUCACAUUUCUUCUGGUGGCAUCCUGGGUGACUGUAACGCAUUGUAUAAAAUAUUUAUAUUUACAAGAUUAUUCCCCUAUACAUAGUGCAGAUUUUUCAAUGUUCAAUAAUUAUACAUCAAGGUUUCGCACACAUCACUUAUAUAAUGCACCAUUCUUCACAGCAUGGUUCUGCACCAACUGGUUGAUACUAUUCUAUCCAAUAUAUCUUAUUGUAAUGCUCAUACACAAUAAGUGUAAAUCAGCAAAUGCUAUAGCAUGCAACGCAUUUAAUGAUUUUAAAGAAAAGGGCUUCACUUUUGCCCGUUUCCUCAGUCGCUGCAGUCUGUUUUGUCUGCUAUGGGUAGUAACAAUAUACAUGUACACAUACUCUCUCAAGAUUCUGUUGUCAACGGAUGUAGUUGCUCUCUUUGCAACCAAUGUUUCCUGUAUCUAUCUUCUGUCCUGGGUCAUACUUCAUGAACAAUUUGUUGGAGUGCGGAUCGUAGCUGCCAUCCUCUGUGAUACAGGCAUCGCCCUACUAGCCUACAUGGACGGUAUCACAGGCAACUCUACCCUGGGCGGAGUCGUACUAGCCGCCUGCGCAGCGGCAGGCUUCGCUAUAUUCAAGGUGCUGUUCAGAAAAGUGAUGGGUGAGGUGAACACAGGUCAACGAGCGUUGUUCUUUUCAAUCCUGGGUAUAGUGAAUGCCACAUUACUGUGGCCAGUGUGCUUGGCCCUUUAUCUCACUGGCACAGAGCUACUCCCAGCCCAUCGGAUGCCCUGGAUGCACUUGCUAAUAGCCAGCGUCGCCUUACUCGUAUUCCACAUGGGAUUUCAAUUCGGCAAUUUGGUGACGUAUAAUAUAUUCGUAUCAAUCGCGCUCAUCACUGCUGUACCUGUAUCAGCUGCUCUGGACGUGGUGCUUUAUGGCGUGUGCUUCGAAGGCAUGAAGCUAUCGGGAAUAAUACUGAUAACAGUGGGCUUCUCCUUGGUGAUGUUGCCCGAUAACUGGCCCGACUACAUCAUGAGGUUGCUCAGAUGGAGCCGUCGUCGUCAACGCGGGAAUGACGGUUCCGGUAGAAACCGAGACACUGUGGACUACCGCACCGGAUACAUACGCUCGCAUCUGAGGUCGCCGUCCGGACGUGUCAGGUGACCGCCUACACGAUAUUAAAAACGCUAUACUGUUUGGUUGUACACUUGUUUCUUCUAUUUAUAGGUGAGGUUUUUCGAAUCAACUGACUCCGAAGACAUUCUUAAUAUAAUUUGACACUAAAACGUGCCUUGCGUGUUUAAUUUCAAUAUUAUUUUUUUUCAACUACACUUCCUAAUGCAAUAAAAAAAUCAUCAUUAAAAUGCUUUAGUAACAUAAAACUGAUAUUAUAUUUUUUGUCUAUAAAAAAUUUGCCGCCUUUAUAAUAUCUUCGUGUCAAAACUUAACCUUUCAAGUAUUUGGAGUAUUAUUAUAAUUGUAGAAGAAAUAAGUGUCAAAUCAAUAUAACCUGACGGUUAGUCAAAACUGCCAAGCAAAACGUCGGAUUAUUCGUAAAACUUGUCAUUCCGAAACGCAUUUUAGCUCACACUCGAAUAUAAUUAGUUAGUAGCAGAACACUAUUUAUUCAUAUAGAAUAGUAACCCAGAAGAACCUAUAUUUAUGAUUUAUGAUAUUAUUAUUGAAUGACGGAUAUGCAAUUGUAAAAGGUUGUGUUAAAGUUGUCGUCAUGCAAAAUGCAAACUUGUGUUAGCUAAAGGUUUUCGGGUAAAAACGUCACUGGCUAUUCAGAAUAGGAAGGCGAAAGCAUCAAAAAAUUCUUACACAAAUAGCAAACAUUUGUUCUAACAUCUUUGAUACCCAAGUAGUAUUAGGAAUUCUCGUAGAUAUUUAGUAGGUCAAGAGUACAUACUAGAAGUGAAAUAUAGAGAAAUUAGACAAUGGUGCAUGUCGUACAGAAUCGCACAUUGAAUUAUGUGAAGUAUUUGGUAUAUGGUGUGGGUUUAUUUUAAGAGAACUAUGUAAAUUUUUUUUGGAAUCGAAUUGGAUAUUAUGGAAUCUCAUUUUAACAUUAAAGGUCGAUAUAGAUUGGGGCUAAUGUAUAGUUGCAUAAUAUUAACAAUUAUUUCCAUUCGUACGUUUAAUUAUCUACGUCUACUUAUCUACUAGUACUUACAGACUGAUAUGCACUCCUAUUUGGUUAUAUAAAUCGGAAUAAAUUUAAACGUCAAUAUUUAUGGUAUAGUUUUUUUUAUAAUAACUCAAAAUAAUCAGUGUGUUACGCAAAUUUAGUAACGUAAUAAACGUAAAACGUAACGAAUGGAUGGAAAUCUUAGUUUAAUAUGUGGUGUUCACAUUCGGCACAAAGCACGGGUCUGUUUAUUUUGUUUAUCUGCCAAUGUUGCUAAAGAAAGAACUUCGUCUAUAACGACCGAUAAAUAAAUAAUUGUAAUUGUAUGAAAUUACGUUAUUUGAUCCAAAAUAUAAUCUUUCGUUUAAAAAUUACAUAGAAAGUUAUUAAAGUUAAAGCACCUUUAGGAUAUAGGUUAAUUGAUGUUGUGAUUCCCGCCCUCUAGUGUAUAGUUAGACAACUUAUAAAAUGUAUGAAAAGUUUCGUUAAACAACUAUACCAGGAACACGGUUAGGCCAUAUUCAUUAUAAUUGCGAGAGAAACGUAAAGUAACAUGAAAAAACUGUUCUGCAACAACUAUUCUAUCUGUAAAUGAUAUUUGCAAGUUCAGUUUUAUUUAUUAAACGAGUUGUAAACAUAAGUUUGUUGAUUUAGUCCCCUAUAGAGUGUAGUAUGUUAUAGUUGUACGCAUUGCAAGUACUGUAUAUUGAAAGGCAUUUAACGAAAAUUUCCAUACAUUUAUAAACUGAGAAGUAGAUUGGCUUCCGAUAGGCGAUACGAAUUUAAAUUCUAGUCAAAUCUUCAUUUAUAUAUAAGUUGCAUGUUUAGUUGUGCAUAAAAAUAUAUUCCAAAUACGUAAUAUAGAUAUAAUUCACUUUAAUUUAUAAAUUUGAAUACACAAGUCGAAGCACUCUUCAAGGCUGGAAACCGAUUUGUUGCCCUUGAUAUUAAAUAUUGUUUUAGAUUAUAUUCCUAUAGAUGAAUGAGAAUACCUGGGGCAACAAAAGAAAAUAUAUUUUUGUUAAGUGUUAUUAAUGCAUAGUAUUUUAUUAAAAAGCGUACACUGAUCUAAUUAAAAUCAUGUCAUUUGAACAAUUAGACAACUCUUGAUUAUCGCUAACGGAGGAAUAUCUUUUUUGUAAAAUUACAUGCAUUUUAAUUUGUAAAACGUUUUGAAUACAUGUUAAGAUAAUUUACUACUUAGUUUUCUUUGAUUGGCGUUUUUCAUUUGGCCAUAAACAUUUUUGCUUAAUCAUCUGCAUUAUUUUAAUGGUGAACCUCAAAAAUAUGUUAAGUUUUUAAUAUUAGGAAAAUAUUAUCGACAAAUGCCUACUCAAAAAGGACUAUAAUUUGUAUACACUGUUCCUGUUUAAGUUACUUUUUUUGUCUAGUCGACGUCUAGUCUAUUUUAUGUUAAACAUUUUUUUCUUAUGUAUUUGUUUUUAAUAUAUGACUAGGUUCGUUAA